AGAUAUCUUCUCAUAAGGGCACUGUGUGGAGCUUCUGAGAUCUGUGGAGGUUUUUCUCUGCAAAUGCAGGAAGAAAGCAGGUGGAUGGAUGCAUAAUUAUGGCCCUGCUCCUGGUCUCUUUGCUGGCAUUCCUGAGCUUGGGCUCAGGAUGUCAUCAUCGGCUCUGUCACUGCUCUAACAGGGUUUUUCUCUGUCAAGAGAGCAAGGUGACAGAGAUUCCUUCUGACCUCCCGAGGAAUGCGGUUGAACUGAGGUUUGUCCUCACCAAGCUUCGAGUCAUCCAAAAAGGUGCAUUUUCAGGAUUUGUGGACCUGGAGAAAAUAGAAAUCUCUCAGAAUGACGUCUUGGAGGUAAUAGAGGCAGAUGUGUUCUCCAACCUUCCCAAAUUACAUGAAAUUAGAAUUGAAAAGGCCAACAACCUGCUUUACAUCAACCCUGAGGCCUUCCAGAACCUUCCCAACCUUCAAUAUCUGUUAAUAUCCAACACAGGUAUUAAGCACCUUCCAGAUGUUCACAAGAUUCAUUCUCUCCAAAAAGUUUUACUUGACAUUCAAGAUAACAUAAACAUCCACACAAUUGAAAGAAAUUCUUUCGUGGGGCUGAGUUUUGAAAGUGUGAUUCUAUGGCUGAAUAAGAAUGGGAUUCAAGAAAUACACAACCGUGCAUUCAAUGGAACCCAACUAGAUGAGCUGAAUCUAAGCGAUAAUAAAAAUUUAGAAGAAUUGCCUAAUGAUGUUUUCCACGGAGCCUCUGGACCAGUCAUUCUAGAUAUUUCAAGAACAAGGAUCCAUUCCCUGCCUAGCUAUGGCUUAGAAAAUCUUAAGAAGCUGAGGGCCAGGUCGACUUACAACUUCAAAAAGCUUCCUAGUCUGGAAAAGCUUGUCGCCCUCAUGGAAGCCAGCCUCACCUAUCCCAGCCAUUGCUGUGCCUUUGCAAACUGGAGACGGCAAAUCUCUGAGCUUCAUCCAAUUUGCAACAAAUCUAUUUUAAGGCAAGAAGUUGAUUAUAUGACUCAGGCUAGGGGUCAGAGAGCCUCUCUGGCAGAAGACAAUGAAUCCAGCUACAGCAGAGGAUUUGACAUGACGUACACUGAGUUUGACUAUGACUUAUGCAAUGAAGUGGUUGACGUGACCUGCUCCCCUAAGCCAGAUGCAUUCAACCCAUGUGAAGAUAUCAUGGGGUACAACAUCCUCAGAGUCCUGAUAUGGUUUAUCAGCAUCCUGGCCAUCACUGGGAACAUCAUAGUGCUGGUGAUCCUAACUACCAGCCAAUAUAAACUCACUGUCCCCAGGUUCCUUAUGUGCAACCUGGCCUUUGCUGAUCUCUGCAUUGGAAUCUACCUGCUGCUCAUUGCAUCAGUUGAUAUCCACACCAAGAACCAAUAUCACAACUAUGCCAUUGACUGGCAAACUGGGGCAGGCUGUGAUGCUGCUGGCUUUUUCACUGUCUUUGCCAGUGAGCUGUCGGUCUACACUCUGACAGCUAUCACCUUGGAAAGAUGGCAUACCAUCACCCAUGCCAUGCAGCUGGACUGCAAGGUGCAGCUCCGCCAUGCUGCCAGUGUCAUGGUGAUGGGCUGGAUUUUUGCUUUUGCAGCUGCUCUCUUUCCCAUCUUUGGCAUCAGCAGCUACAUGAAGGUGAGCAUCUGCCUGCCAAUGGAUAUUGACAGCCCUUUGUCACAGCUGUAUGUCAUGUCCCUCCUUGUGCUCAAUGUCCUGGCCUUUGUGGUCAUCUGUGGCUGCUAUACCCACAUCUACCUCACAGUGCGGAACCCCAACAUCGUGUCCUCCUCUAGUGACACCAGGAUCGCCAAGCGCAUGGCCAUGCUCAUCUUCACUGACUUCCUCUGCAUGGCACCCAUUUCUUUCUUUGCCAUUUCUGCCUCCCUCAAGGUGCCCCUCAUCACUGUGUCCAAAGCAAAGAUUCUGCUGGUUCUGUUUUACCCCAUCAACUCCUGUGCCAACCCCUUCCUCUAUGCCAUCUUUACCAAAAAUUUUCGCAGAGAUUUCUUCAUUCUGCUGAGCAAGUGUGGCUGCUACGAAAUGCAAGCCCAAAUUUAUAGGACAGAAACCUCAUCCACUGCCCACAACUCCCAUCCAAGGAAUGGCCACUGCUCUUCAGCUCCCAGAGUCACUAAUGGUUCCACUUACAUACUUGUCCCUCUAAGUCAUUCAGCCCAAAAGUAAAACACAAUGUGAAAAUGUGUCUGAGUGUUGAAUGAUAAUUCAGUCUUGCCUUUGAAGGGUAUGUCACAAAUAGCUGACAGUGCUUCUACAUAUUUCAUCUAAUUUAAUAUUCCUGGCAGACCUUUAAGGUAAAUUGGUCAGGAACUAUUAAUUCCAUGUGAUACAUUGGGAAGCUGAAUUAUUAGUAACAACAAUAAUUAAAGAAUGCAAUACUAUAUUACAUAUUUUAUCCUUAUAUAUGUUAUUUUUGAACAUUAUGUUCAAAGUGCUUUUGUUCAGAUAUCUCAAGUGAUCCCUGUUAAAUAAGCAGGACAGGGAUUAUUCUUGGAGUUUUACAAAUGAGGACACCAAGACUCAAAGAGUUAAGUGACUUGUUCAAAAGUGUUUGGUUUGUAAGAGGCAGAGCCAGGAUUAGGUAUUCCAACUCCCAGAGAAUUUCCAAGAGAAGCACCAUGGUAUUCACUCAUUCAUUCAUUCAUUCAUUCAACAAAUAUUAAUUGAACACCCAUGUGAAGCCUUUGUGAUGCGUCAAUGUGCAUAGGCUGAGAUACAUUUCCCAGAAUUCCCUUCCUCAUGUGUUU